AUGCCUUUGGCAAAGGAUCUCCUGCAUCCCUCUCCUGAAGAGGAGAAGAGGAAGCAUAAGAAGAGGCACUUGGUCCAGAGAUCUAACUCUUACUUCAUGGAUGUGAAAUGUCCAGGUUGCUACAAAAUCACCACGGUGUUCAGUCACACUCAGACGGUGGUUCUCUGUGUUGGCUGCUCAACUGUUCUGUGCCAGCCCACUGGAGGAAAGGCCAGGUUGACAGAAGGAUGCUCCUUCAGGCGAAAGCAACACUAAAUUAAGCAGACAGUUAUCCAGGAUGAGUG